AUGACGCUCAAUUCAACCACCAAACUCUCAAUUGCUGAACUAGCAAUCUACAUCGUCCUACUCCAGCCAACAUUAUGGCUCCUCUACAAGCACGGAAGGUCCGGGCUAAUGUCGUUCCUCUACCUCAUUGCCUUCGAAAUUCUGCGUGUCGCCGCUGCAGGAAUUCAAAUCGCCAAUCGCAACGCCGCUCACCCUACCGAAUCUGGAGCAAUCGUCAGCUCUAUAGGACUGAGCCCUUUAUUACUUGCCUUAGCGGGUUUUGUAGACCUCUUGUGGCUAUACUACGGCGCAGUGGAUCGCAGUCCACUUCGAGCGCGGAUCACCGCAUGGGGCGUCCACAUUGGCGCCGUCGCAGGCAUCGCUCUCGUCGCCGUUGGCGCGGCGAAGCUCUUCGGCCAAAAUGCUACCCGUCCCGACAUCACCACAGGAUAUACAAUGCUCAAGGUCGGAGCGCUCAUACUCCUAUCUACUUGGAUGGCGCUCACAUUCGUUUAUCUCCCACUCUUCGGCAAGCUCAACAGCCAGCCAGUGCUAGGCGUGUUGAUGGGCUUGUCCGCCUCCUUCAUUGGUGUCCGGGCGGUCUACAGCGUGGUCUACGCUUUCGACCAUACCGAAUCCCUGAGUCCUUUCACUGGUUCAUUUGUCGUCAGGUUGGUUCUGAUAUUCCUGGUGCAACUCCUUGCGGCUUUAUCCCUGGUUGCGGUAGCAUUCCUGACGCGCAACGCCGGAAAAAAGCGGGCAGCAGGACAUCGAACGAGGCAUCAGAAUGGGGAGGACCAGGACAGCUCUAUUCCGCUGACUGCGCGUGGUUAUAAGUAA